UUGUUUUGACGGUAGUAUCGAUACGGCCUCCAUGGUUUUGACCGUUCUUUGCUGAAUCCUGAGAAGGAAAAUAACAUUCAAGUCCCGGCUCAUCCGUAUCCAUGGCAGACGCAGUGGGUUCAGCUCAAUCCGAUGGCCAGCGGCAGUUUAUCUGCGGAGUAAUCGAGGGGUUCUACGGCCGGCCAUGGACUACGGAGCAACGCAAAGACCUCUUUCGGAAGCUCAAGUCAAUGGAGCUCCAUGGCUCCAGUCCCUCGUACAUGUAUGCCCCCAAGGACGACUACAAGCAUCGGGCGUUUUGGCGAGAGCUUUACACGGUCGAGGAGGCGGAUCACCUGUCCAGUCUAAUUGCGGCGGCAAAGGAGGCGGGGAUCAUUUUUUACUAUGCUCUCUCACCUGGGCUGGAUAUGACCUACAGCAGCCCCAAGGAAAUAGCCACACUGAAGCGAAAGCUAGAUCAAGUUUCGCAGUUUGGGUGUGAAGCCUACGCCCUGUUAUUCGACGACAUCGAGUCGGAGCUCUCAAAGGGAGAUAAGGAGGUCUUUCAGACGUUCGCCAACGCCCAGGUUUCGGUCACCAAUGAGAUAUACACGCAUCUUGGCAGCCCCAAAUUCCUGUUCUGUCCCACGCAGUACUGCGCCUCUCGGGCCGUGCCCAAUGUUCAGGAGUCGGAGUACCUCAACACCCUGGGCUCAAAGCUGAACAAUGACAUCGAUAUCCUGUACGGGGACAAAGUGAUAUCGAAAACCAUAUCCAUUCAGUCAAUACAGGAGAUUACUGAAGUGCUGCGUCGUCCGCCUUGCAUCUGGGACAAUCUUCAUGCCAACGAUUAUGAUCAGAAGCGCGUAUUCCUGGGGCCUUACACUGGGCGGUCUCCAGAGCUGAUACCAUAUCUGCGUGGGGUGAUGACUAAUCCCAACUGCGAGUUUUACGCCAACUUCAUAGCCAUUCACUCUCUGGCCUUUUGGUCACGCUGCAGCCUGGAUUCGAAGAUGAACAGUUCAUUGAGUGCAGAUAUUAAAUUAGAGACUGAAAACGAGGACGAACUGCCGGCAGAGUUCCUCUCGAAGAACGUUUACCAUCCAAGGGUGGCUCUAAAGAACGCCAUUACGGACUGGCUGCCGGAGUUCUUUAUGGAGAAGGAAGCCUGGGGACCAAUAACCAAGCCGCAGCCACAAGUGCAAAUGGUCAUGCCCAUCAUUCCCAUUAUACCCUCAAUAAACACUUGCAUGAGUCUCACCACCACUACGACCACGUCUACGAAUACAAGAACAGUGCCAGAGGUGAACACCACCCAACUGCAGGCGCUUGCGGAAGUCUGCACCGUGACCUCCUCGCUGACACCCAUUUCCAAUCCUGUAAUGAACUCUCUGGUUUCACCCACCAAAGUGGUCACGAAUGAGGAGAUCAUCAAUCCCAUACCCACAACGGCUGCCUGCAAUAUUGAACUACCCAAGAAGAUACCGAUCUCCAUCGUCCCAGUGCCCAUCAUGGAGGCAAAGAGUGUAGAGGCUUCGGUGAAACUGGGUCUAGACACCGAAGUGUUGGUGCCGAGCGAUGGUGAACCGAAAAGCGAACUAAACGAGGAUAAGGAGAAGGAGCAGCAGCAACUGCUGGGGGUGGAGACGGCGGCGCCGGCGGAAGAAGAAUUAGUUAACAAGUUGGAACCGGUGGCCAAUCUCAAUGUGGACACUAUGGUGGACGACAAUAGUCUAAGUCCAGUGAGUGCCGGUAUCAACGAGCCAAUGGAGUGCAGCAGCAGCAUAGCCUCCCAGUUAUCACCGAAAGAAGAAGCACCCAAGCUGGUGGCCGACGAUGUGCUCAUGGAGUCUGUAAACGAUGUGCAUAGCAUGCAUGUGGAGAGCGGGACUUCAUCACCAAUUUCGAACACGGAGAUGCGCGAGGAGAGCGAUGCGCCAUCUAUACAAGCUAACGAACAUGACCCGACCGUGGAGAAAUGCGGAUCAAGGAUAACUGUUGAGGAUCUCGGCCUGCUAUGCGAUCUCUUUUACCUGCCAUUCGAGCACGGCAGCCGUGGCCUCAAGCUGCUCUCCGAAUUCAAUUGGCUGAAGGGUAACGCAAAUGUAAUACUGCAAGACCGAUCCGCCGCUGGUGGCGAUGCUGACAAGAGCAGCAAGCCGGAGGUCAGUGAGUGGCUGCAACGUAGUGAGCACUUCGACGAUCUCUGCACUAGCGUCUUACAGCUGCUGAUCAAGAUCGCCAACUGCCAGAACAAGGAGAUCUGUCACGAGCUGUACUCCUAUGUGUGGGACAUAUCCGGCGCCCUGUCCCUGCUCAACUGCUACAUUAAGUGGCUGGCACUGGGAAAAUUUCCUCAGAACAUGUCCUCCUACACGGAAGGCAGUUAUACAUGGUUCAGCAAGGGUUGGAAAGAGGCCUUCAUGUCCGGUGACCAGGAGCCCUGGGUCUUUCGGGGCGGCCUAAUUGCUGACCUACAGCGUUUGAUGCCUGUGGAUUCGGGCAACGAUCUGUUCGUCUACAAGCUUCCUGAAAAACCCACAACGAACUACUAUCUCUUGAGACCCUACUGUCCAGCUGACGAGGAGAAUGUCAAUGAGGUAUGCACCCGCACUUACAUUCAAUGGCAACGGGAGCUGAACGGAGGCGGCUACAUUCCUCUUCCGCUGCCUGUAAGAGUGGCUAGCAUCGUAGCGGACGGAUUGGUGGGCGCCUUCGUCACCCUCAGCCCGGAGUUGUGCAUUGUGGCGUAUGACGAUAACAACUCCAUCGUGGGAUAUGCCUGCGCCGCUCUGGAUGUUAACAUAUUUCGACGCAACCGGGAGCUGUGCUGGCAUUCGGAAAUGCGUGACAAGUAUCCCAAGGAGUUCAGGCUGCAGGACUCCGAGACUGGUGAGGGUUUGACCCAGCUUGUCGCCCGCUUUGUGGAGCAGUUUCACGGCAGCAGCGGUAACGAGACUGUGGAGCAGUGUCCAGUAGAAGUAAGCGGCUCCUUUCCCGCCGUAAUUAGUGCCUGCACUUUCCGGGAGGCAGAGGAGCGCGACUCUGGGAUCAGCAAGCGACUGCUAACUGUUCUGCUGGGCGCUUUGCGAGCGAACGGAUGUUUUGGCAUUCAUGUGUGCGUCCCCGAGCGAGAUGUUGGGCAGAUCAACUUUUACACUAGAAUCGGUUUCGUUGACGUUUAUCGCGAGGAGGCCACCAAGUGCAUUUACAUGGGACGUCGCUUUUAGCCUUCGUCUUCGCUUGCAAGCGUCACUGCCUCUGAUUUUAUUGUUCCUUCUCAACAUUUGUAUUCCGGCGAGCGAUACAGCUUUCCAUUCUCAUCUAGGUCUCGUGCCAGUGUCCUUUUUGUAUUCUUAUACGGUAAAAAGUGUGUUAUAAUGACCCGAGUGUCUCUUCCCCUCUAGUAUUUUGUCUUAAGCGACGUUUUCUACGUGUGGAAAACAAUAAAACUACAAUAUC